CAUCUCUCUACUUCCUGAGCGCUGGGGCGCCCCUCGCCGCGCCGCCCAGCCGCCAGCCAUCCCCCCUGCCGCCAUUCCCCUGCCGGGAUCGCCCCAUGAUCGCCCCAUGCGGAGGGCAAAGUCGCGCCGGGGACCUUGCGAGCCUGUGCUGAGAGCUCCUCCCCGCGUCUGCUACAGCCCCAGCAGUCCUGUGCAGAUUCUAGAAGAGCCCGCCUACUUCUACCCAGACUUGCAGCUCUAUUCUGGGAGGCAUGAGGCAUCUACUUUGACAGUGGAGGCAAGCGGAGGCCUAAGGGGGAAAAGCGCGGAGGACCCUCUCUCCAACUUCCACUCCCCGAACUUCCUGAGGCCCCCAGAGGUGGAGAUGAGAGGUUCUGAGGAUGUGGCUGCUGGAACGGUGUUACAGCGGCUGAUCCAGGAGCAGCUGCGCUAUGGCGCCCCGACUGAGAACAUGAACCUGCUGGCCAUUCAGCACCAGGCCACAGGGAGUGCAGGGCCAGCCCACGCCACCAACAACUUUUCUUCCACGGAAACCCUCCCUCAAGAAGACCCACAAAUGGUCUUCCAGUCAGCCCGCCAGGAGCCGCAGGGUCAAGAGCACCAGGGGGACAAUACGGUGAUGGAGAAGCAGGUCCGCUCCACUCAGCCUCAGCAGAACGAUGAGGAGUUGCCCACAUACGAGGAAGCCAAGGCCCAGUCUCAGUUCUUCAGGGGACAGCAGCAACAGCAGCAGCAGCAGCAACAGCAGCAACAGCAGCAGCAGCAGCAAGCACAGGGGCCCCUCGGCCACACUUACUACAUGGCCGGAGGUACCAGUCAGAAGUCCCGCACAGAGGGGAGGCCCACAGUGAACCGGGCCAACAGCGGACAGGCACACAAGGAUGAGGCCCUGAAAGAACUAAAGCAGGGCCAUGUCCGAUCCCUCAGCGAGAGGAUCAUGCAGCUGUCACUGGAGAGGAACGGAGCUAAGCAGCACCACCCAAGCUCGGGAAAUGGAAAGGCCUUCAAAGCUGGAGGAGGGCCGUCCCCGGCCCAGCCCACCUGUAAAGCGCUGGACCCUCGUGGUCCUCCACCCGAAUACCCCUUCAAGACAAAGCCAGUGAUGUCCCCAGUCAGCAAGAACCAAGACCACGGACUUUACUAUAGUGACCAGCACCCCGGAGUGCUCCACGAGAUGGUCAAACCUUACCCUGCACCUCAGCCCGCGAGAACAGAAGUGGCCGUCCUGAGGUAUCAGCCACCACCAGAGUACGGGGUCACCAGCCGGCCAUGCCAGCUUCCCUUUCCAUCCACGGUGCAGCAGCACAGCCCCAUGUCCUCUCAGACUUCCUCCGUCAGUGGACCGCUGCACUCCGUCUCCCUGCCUCUUCCUCUGCCCAUGAGCCUGGCUGCUGCUCCACAGCCUCCACCCGCCUCCCCCAGCCAGCAGCUUGGACCAGAUGCCUUUGCAAUCGUGGAGCGAGCCCAGCAGAUGGUGGAGAUCCUCACAGAGGAGAACCGCGUGCUUCACCAGGAGCUUCAGGGCUGCUAUGACAAUGCCGACAAGCUUCACAAGUUUGAAAAAGAGCUGCAGAGGAUCUCAGAAGCCUACGAGAGCCUGGUCAAGUCCACCAGCAAGCGUGAGUCUCUCGACAAGGCAAUGCGAAACAAGCUGGAAGGCGAGAUCCGGAGACUUCACGACUUCAACAGAGAUCUCCGAGAUCGACUGGAGACAGCCAACAGGCAGCUGUCCAGCAGGGACUAUGAUGGGCACGAAGACAAAGCCGCAGAGGGCCAGUACAUGUCCCAGAACAAAGAAUUCUUGAAGGAAAAGGAAAAGUUGGAAAUGGAGUUGGCGGCAGUGCGGAAUGCAAGCGAGGACCAUCGGAGGCAUAUCGAGAUCCUGGACCAGGCUUUGAGCAAUGCCCAGGCCAGAGUCAUCAAGCUGGAGGAAGAGUUACGAGAGAAGCAAGCCUAUGUGGAGAAGGUUGAGAAGCUGCAGCAGGCCCUGACCCAGCUGCAGUCUGCAUGCGAGAAGCGGGAGCAGAUGGAACGCAGGUUGCGGACCUGGCUGGAGAGGGAGUUGGAUGCUCUGAGGACCCAGCAGAAACAUGGAAAUGGCCAGCCAGCCAGUCUCCCAGAAUAUAAUGCCCCUGCCCUCAUAGAACUCGUACGGGAGAAGGAGGAGCGGAUUCUAGCCCUGGAGGCCGACAUGACCAAAUGGGAGCAGAAAUACCUGGAAGAAAGCACCAUACGGCACUUUGCCAUGAGUGCUGCUGCUGCUGCCACCGCCGAGAGGGCUGCAGAGUCAAGUGUGUCUCGUGUUCCUAGGGACACCACCAUCGUCAACCACUCGAGGAACGGCAGCUAUGGCGAGAGCUCGCUGGAGACCCACAUCUGGCCAGAGGACGAGGAGGUGGUGCAGGCCAACAGGAGGUGUCAGGACAUGGAAUACACAAUAAAAAACCUCCAUGCUAAAAUCAUAGAGAAGGAUGCCAUGAUAAAGGUCCUUCAGCAACGAUCCCGUAAGGAUGCUGGGAAGACAGACUCUUCCAGCCUGCGGCCUGCCCGCUCUGUCCCAUCCAUUGCUGCAGCCACUGGGACACAUUCCCGCCAGACUUCACUUACCAGCAGCCAGCUGGUGGAGGAGAAGAAGGAAGAGAAGACCUGGAAGGGGAGUAUAGGAUUCCUGCUGGGGAAGGAGCAUCAGGGACAGGCGUCUGCCCCUCUGCUGCCCACCACACCCGCCUCGGCACUGUCCCCACUGGUUUCCACCUCGUCGGCCAGCAGCACCCACGCCAAGACCGGCAGCAAGGACAGCAGCACGCAGACCGACAAGAGCGCUGACCUCUUCUGGCCCAGCACGGCUUCUCUCCCCAGCCGUGGCCGGCUGAGCACUGCCCCUUCCAACAGCCCCGUUCUGAAACAUCCAGCUGCCAAAGGAACCAUGGAGAAACUGGAGAGCUCUCCUGGUCACGGGAAGUCGACAGACCACAGAGGCCGAGUUAGCAGCUUGUUGCACAAGCCUGAAUUCCCGGAUGGGGAGAUGAUGGAAGUGCUCAUCUAGCCUCGUCCUGUGGAGUUUCACACCAGCGUGCUGUCAGAAAGGAUGGCUGGAAGACGAGAAGGUCUAGAUGGAAAACCAGGACAGGUGUGAACACUUCAUAAUGUUACAAACAGCCGGCUCGCAGGACUGCAGAGAGGGGGAAGGAAGACGCGUGCAGACUUGGAAGCAGAGUUGAGAGGAAAUAGGAGUGGAUUUUCCAUUGAAGAGAAGUUGUAUAUUUUGGGGAGGCUCCAUACAUUCCCCCAUUCUUGGCUUAUAAACAGAUGAAGAAGAGUUGGGCCUUCCUUGGAAUCACCCCAUUCCCUUUGCCACUUAGCAGGUUUGUUUCAAGAAGAAUCUGCUAGAAAUCCUGAACACCCAUCUUGGCAUAAUGUGGUGUUUCUGUGCCAUCAUGGGGUCUCACACACACGUGUGCGUGUGUGUGUGUGUGUGUGUGUGUGUGUAUAUUGUGUGUGUGUGCCUACCCUUUGAAGAUGCAUCCAGGGUAAUGGGGAAUUCCACAGGCAAGUUUUGUCACCUACUUGGCUGUUUGGUUUGUGAUCUCUGUGUGAAGUUUUGCUUGUCUGGAUUGAGUGGUAUUUCUGACAGGAUGGGAGUGUGGUGACUGUGGUCCUCACCCACCCUAACUUCUAGGAACUUAUUUGUUUGUCUCUGCUCUACUUCCUUACUUUAUUUUGUAUUUUUUUUUUCUGUUUACUGAGACAUAGCAGAUUUCCUCACAUGUGGGACUUAGGAGACUGUCGUCUUUGCU